GAGGACGAACGCUGUAGAGGUCGCGCGGCUUUUACACCGGGCGUUUCCGGGGCUGUGAGAUUGCGUAUGGGUUGUUUCCUGCUUCGAGUAGUAACUGCUCCUUAUGGCAAAGAAGCUGCCGAUGGAGUCUGUCUAUAGUACUGCAGGGGAGCCAAAGCUCAGACAUGUAGAAAAGGAUAUUUUGAUUCCAAAAAUAAUGAAAGACAAAGCCAAGGAGCUGUGUUCUGAACAAGUGAAAGACUUUACCAAAUGUUGCAAAGACACAGGUUUUCUUAUGGUGGUAAAGUGCCAAAAGGAAAAUAAACUCCUGAAAGAAUGUCUCACUGGCUACUAUAGUGAUCCAGCAUUUUAUGAAGAAUGCAAGGCUGAGUAUUUGAAAGCCAGGGAAGAAUACAGGGCAGCACAAAGUGUUCCUCAUCAGAAACAUUCUACUAGCACCUAGGCAAGUUGUAUGGCUGACAUUUUAAACCUGAACUUAUAGCUUGGAUUUGUGAGAAGAUUUAAAAUCCGACAUUUGAAGAGUGAAGACAGUGUCAACAACAUUUUACAUCUGAUAUUCAUCAAUUCUACCUUCAAAAUGUACAGUAUUGUGGUGUUAGGAUAUUAUUUUUUUGAGAUGCAAAGAAAUAGAACUGAAUAUCCUGUCAAAGAAUAGAUAAAGAUUAUAAAAUAGGUGAUGUGGAAAACCGAGACAAAAGCGGGUAACAGAAUUAUGCCGCCGGAAAAAGUGCUCACAGAUUGAGGUUUAUAAUGUGGGGCUAUUGUAAUGGCAUCAAAUUAAAAAAAAAGUUUCUCUAUUUAACUGUAUGCAACCCGUUUCAAAUACAUGGUUAAAAUGAUUCUCAGGGAAUUUACUCUCAUCCAAUAUAUAUGAAAAUAAAGCUUCAUGAAUUUUAGCAUUUUGCUUUUCCCUCCUAAUGUGAAGAACAUAUCACAAAAUAUAUUGUAUCACUUAUGUCAUAUUAAAUAAGUGGUAUGUAAUGACUCAUAUCAAAA